CCCAUUUAUACUCCUGGGUGAACAGAAGUAUGGAGGAAUUUAACAAACUUGUUGAUUUCAACUUGUGGCUGGGAGAUCUAACCUAGUGACCUUCGGAUUGCAGGUCUAGUGUGCUAACCGUUGCCUCAAGGCAGAAUUCAUGAGCUUAAUGUUGUGUAGAUGAGCUUAUUUUCUCAUCAAAUACAAAUAGGCAGAUUCAUCUUUUGCAAGCCCCUGAACCAACUCCAGUGGAUGUUCUAGAUGCAAAUGUAACUGUACCAAUAUAUAAUUUGUGUCUAUUGAAAGUGACUCCUAGUUUUUAAAUUACAAUAUGUUGACAUCCCUGUAAUAUAUUACCUACGUGCAUGCAGUAAACAUUCUUGAGGAAUAAGAUCAUGUAAAUUGAAGUGUAACUAUGUUGAAAACUGCCAAUAGAGGUUUAUACUGCUUGCCACACGAAAUCAUAUUCUUAAUUAUCAGUAUUUAUUGAAACCUUUUGCAGAACGUUCUGGAUUUACAACGUUUAGCCAGUUCAAUUCAUGAGGGUUUGCACAUUAAAUCUCACAGUAUGAUAUACGUUGCCCUGUUAAAUUAUGUUUGCUAUUUAUCUGAAUGUAUGCUUAAGCAGCAUGUACAUUUAGUAUUGUAUGCCACGUUUGGCUAUUCGUACAUUUAUUACUAAGUCCACUGCGAUGUAAAUAUAUGAUUCCGCCACACGUGAGAAGGUGAGCGCACAUGGACACCUGCAAUAUUUAACUCGCUGGAGUAAAUGGAACACCUUUGAACCAACUAAUGCUAGUUUUUUUUAUGAAUCACGUUUACAACAGCACAGUACUUUGUAUGCAUUCUCUGUUACGUAGAUGAUGAUUCAUAGACGACUUCACAGCGAUGGUCUGCCCUGUGUAGGCAUGCACAGUUUUGUCAGGGUAUACGUUUUCACAGUUUUGUGAAGAGUACUGUUGGGGUAUAAUUGGAAGUAACAAUUUAUUAUCCAAUACGAAUAUAAAAUAUAAGAUUGUUUUGUAUAGUGUCUGUUCACUAGACCCGCACAUUAGGUUUGCCACCUUUAUUUCAAGAGAAACUCUCGCAACAUGAGUUCCAGAAAUACACAUAGUGAAAGAGAUUUACCUGCGGGAGAUGCGGAGACGGUGACUUGCUGGGAUAACACGUUGAGAUUCUUGAGGUCCUCAAGGUUUCUCAUUUACAUCUGUCAUGCAUUGUCAACAUGGGGGGACCGCAUGUGGCACUUUGCGGUGGCUCUCUUCCUCGUGGAGCUCUACGGGAACAGCCUGCUGCUCACGGCAGCGUACGGGCUGGUGGUGGCAUUCUCUGUGCUGAUAUGCGGGGCCCUCAUUGGCCACUGGGUGGACACCAACUCCAGGAUCAAGGUGGCGCAGACAUCGCUCGUGAUACAAAACUCCUCUGUCAUUUUCUGUGGCAUCGUUUUGAUGAUGAUCUUCAUGUAUAGAAAUGACAUCUCCAACAUAUGGGAUGGCUGGCUGAUCGUCUUCUGCUACGUGGUGGUGAUCGGCACAGCAAACGUGGCCAACCUCGCGAGCACAGCCACCACGAUCACCAUCCAGCGCGACUGGGUGGUGGUGCUGGCAGAGGGUCACAGCGGACGACUGGCAGACAUGAACGCCAUUCUGCGGCGCAUCGACCAAGUUAGCAACGUGUUGGCGCCACUGGCGGUGGGCCAGCUGGUGUCUCUCGCCUCGUCCUCUGUGGCCUGCGCCUUCGUGGCCGUCUGGAACCUCGGCUCGAUGGCCGUCGAGUACUGGCUGCUGCGGCGUGUGUACCUCGCCGUGCCCGCCCUGGCACACAAGGGCAACGCGGAGUGGCCCCCGGCAUCCGCACUCGAGAUGCAGCCACUGGGGGCCGACGUGACAGGAGCCCCACCUGAAGCCAAGUCCCUCAUCGGCAAGGGCACGGAAGAGGAGCCGCCUGCGCCCACAAGCCGCUGGCUUCGCGUCACGGAGCCAUUCCGCACGCUGUGGCGUGGCUGGGUGACGUACCGCCGGCAGCCCGUGUACCUGGCCGGUGUGGGACUGGCCUGCCUCUACAUGACGGUGCUGGGCUUCGACUGCAUCACCACGGGCUAUGCCUAUACCCAGGGAAUCUCUGCCUCGCUGCUCGGCAUUCUCAUAGCACUGUCGGCGGUCGCGGGGCUCCUGGGCACGGUGGUAUUCACUCAGCUGCGUCGGGCCGUGGGGCUGGUGCGCACAGGGCUGCUGUCAGGCGUGGCCCAGCUUGCGGCCCUUUCUCUCUGCGCCGUGUCCGUCUUCGCACCCGGCAGCCCGUUGGACCUGUCGAUCUCACCGUUCCGCUCGCUCGGGGUCGGCAUGACGGGGGAUUCUACAGAUGCGCCCGUGCAGCGCAAUCAAAGUGAAUUCGUGGCUUCCACGAUGUCGAGUAGCGUCGCGCCCAAUGCGACGUGGGACGAUGAGCCGGAUUUUGCACCACCGGACUCCUACGUGUCCGUCGCCUUGCUCUUCACUGGAGUGAUUGCGGCUCGAAUCGGGCUGUGGUCGUUUGACUUGACGGUGACACAGCUGCUCCAGGAGACGGUUGCGGAGCACGAGCGCGGCGUGGUGAGCGGCGUGCAGAGCUCGCUCAACUACCUGCUCGACCUGCUGCAUUUCACCGCCGUGCUGCUAGCGCCCGAGCCUCCUGCGUUCGGUCUGCUCGUGCUGCUGUCCGUCGCCUUCGUCGUGAUGGGCCACGCUUUCUUCCUGGCCUACGCUCACGGCGCGCUCGGCCCUCGGAUCUGCUCGCUACCUCGACGGCAAAGCACCGACGGCGGGCAAGGGUCAGGAGACGGAGCAGGCAGGAGCAGCUUGUUCGUCUUCAUCUGCUAUGGAUAUUGGAUGUGAUGGGGUUAAGGAGGAUGGCUGCAGCAGCAAAUAGUGGUGGUGUUGGUGGUGAAGUACGCUCAUCGGUAAAUUCCGUAUAAACAACCACCAGCCUGUGGAUCUUGCUUUAAGAUAACGGUGCAAAAAUGAGUGGAAUUUGGUGGCACCCCUGUGUUCUAUGCUGCAAAUUAUAUUGGCAGCACCGCAGUAGCAUGUAAAGUUCAUGUAAUAUGAUACAUAUUCUUUGGAUCUUUCGGUAAAGUCACGUAGAUAGAAAAAAUUAAAGUAAAUAAAAACUACGACGUUUCGAUCACAACACAAGCGAUCGUCAUCAGGAGGAUGACGUGACUUUACCGAAAGAUCCAAAUAAUAUUAAUUCCUGCAGUCACGAAAGUUUUAAGUCAACAUUUAAUAUGAUGCAAUUUUUAACUAAUAUUUCGUCUAAAUGUGACCACAUUUUCAGAUGCUGUACAGAAUCUCGAUAUUUAUUUUUUACAAGCAACUGAGUCAUAGGCAGAGGAAAAGUGGAAGCUCUUUGGCGUGGAAUUGAGAAUAGGAUCAGGGAGUUAAAGAUUUGCUGAUUUAGCCAGGAUGUUUCUGUUGCGCCUCGUCGCUUUAAGAUGUUCUCUGUUCAUAUUUUGUUUGUUGCGGUUGCACCUGACUCAAGAGUCGCAUGGCUCACAGGGCUAUACCUAAUAAAUGAAACUUGAAAACUUGAAACUUGAACAGCAUGUAUGAAAGGAGUUUCAAACGAUGAGGAAACAUUUUAAUUUACACGUCAUAGAGCAAUGGAUCAACAACAUAGAUUUGUUUUAUUCAUUUGUUAAUUUAACCACAAUCAAAUCAACAAUUAUGGUGCUAAAAUAACUCACUGAUUGUUACCUUAGUCAUUGCUCUUGCUCUUUAACUAUGUUUGUGUUUACAAUAAAAACAAUAAAGAAGG